CUUUCUUAAAUCGCUCUACAGUGCUUCCUUUGCGCGCUUUUCUUGAAGCUCGUGUAGUGUGAAUCUUUAAUCAGUCCUUUUAUUUGUCUACCGUGUCCAAAUCGCAAAAAUGAGCGGUCCAGGCGUCGGCUUCGAAUUCCCCACAUUCGAGGUGACAUGGCUGAAGCGCGACGUGCUGCUCUUCGCAGCGAGCAUUGGGUGUACAGCCGACGAGCUGCAUUUCCUAUACGAGCUCCACCCGUCCUUCGCCCCCUUCCCAACCUACCCCAUCCUGCUGCCGUUCAAGCACACCGACGCCGACGUCAUCGACUUCUACGCGCGCUCCAACGCCGUGCCCAUCGCCGGCGUGCCGAAGCUGGACACGCGCAACGUGCUCGACGGCGAGCGCAAGCUGCAGUUCCUGAAGCCGCUCCCGACCAGCUCCGCGGGGAGGAAGUUCGAGAUCAGGAGUAAAGUGCUGGGCGUGUACGAUAAGGGCAAGCCCGGGACGGUGGUGGAGACGGAGCAGCUGCUAGUCGAGAAAGCAAGCGGGGAGGUGUAUAGCAGGGCGGUGGGGAGCGCGUUUUAUGUAGGCGCGGGGGGAUGGGGUGGGCCGAAGGGCCCCAAAACAGUCAACUACCCCCCACCCGCCGGCAAGACGCCCGACGCCACGUCCGUCACCCAAACCACCCACGAAACCGCCCUCCUCUACCGCCUCAACGGCGACUACAACCCCCUCCACGCGACCCCCGAGCCCGGCCGCAAAAUGGGCUUCGGCGGCCCCAUCAUCCACGGCCUCUUCUCCUGGAACGCCACCGCCCACGCCGUGCUGCAGGCCUUUGGCGGCAGCAACCCGGCCAACAUCCGCGAGUUCCAGGCGCGGUUCGCGAGCCCCGUGAAGCCGGGCGAUAAGUUGGUGGUGGAGAUGUGGAUUGUGGGGGAUGCGGUGGGCGAGAGCAAUGUGGUGGGGGAAGGGGAGGGGGAGAAGGGGUGGAAGGAGGUGAGGUUUAUUACGCGGGUGGAGGGGGGGAAGGUGUGUUUGAGUAAUGGGCGGGCGAUUGUGAGGAAUGUGAGCGGGAAAGGGGGGAAGAGUAAGUUGUAG